CUCCCCCUUUCUUCCCCAUCACCAAGUAGUGGGAGGGGGAAAAUGGCGGCCAGGAGAUGAACGCACACGCUCGCCAUGUCCACAACAUAACUCCUCCGAGAGACGGUCCUCAUCUCGAAGGCGGCCCGCUACAACCAACGCGCUUGCCUGGGCGAAGGGGAAGUGUGCCGCUACGUUCGCCUUUCGUCAUUUGUUUGAGGAAUGACGUCAGCGGCCAGCAUGCUAAGCUAGCCGCUAGCAUGGAAAUAAACAGUGGAGAUAAACAACACUGUUCAACGGUUAUGAAGUUGGUCUAAGGGUAAACGUCACUGUCCUAUCUUGAGGUGGGUCCAUACCGUUGGAGCAUGAGGAAGCCUAUGCCACAGAAAGCUAUAGAGUGGAAAGAUGCACGAAAGAUUAAGCAUACCCGCAGUGGACGGCCCACACUGUAUCAUGGACAUUUCAGUUGGGAUAAGUAUCUAAAAGAGACGGGCACCAGUGCUGCACCUGCACAAUGCUUCCGACAGAGCCUUACGCCCCCACUCAAUGAGUUCAAAGCGGGCAUGAAGCUGGAGGCACAGGACCCACGGAACACCACGUCUACUUGCAUCGCCACCGUGGUCGGCCUGACAGGGGCACGGCUUCGCCUCCGCCUGGAUGGCUCAGACAACAAGAAUGACUUCUGGCGCCUGGUGGACUCGUCAGAAAUCCAACCCAUCGGCUACUGCGAGAAGAACGGGGGCAUGCUGCAGCCGCCGCUCGGUUUUCGUCUUAAUGCAUCGUCCUGGCCUAUGUUUUUGUUGAAGACACUAAAUGGGGCUGAGAUGGCGCCUCCUCGCAUCUUUCACAAGCAGGAGCCUCCCACUCCGGAGCAAAACUCCUUCCAAGUGGGUAUGAAGCUGGAGGCGGUGGACCGCAAAAACCCUCACUUCAUUUGCCCGGCAACAGUGGGCGCCCUCCGCGGAGUGGAGGUAUUGGUCUCCUUCGACGGCUGGCGGGGGGCCUUCGACUACUUCUGCCGCUACGACUCCAGGGACAUCUUCCCGGUCGGCUGGUGCACGCUCACCGGGGACAACCUGCAGCCGCCUGGAACCAAAGCAGUGUUGCCGAAGGGUAUCGGACCCCUAACAGACAGGGCAGUGGAAAAUCAAGCCAUGCCAACACCAACCGUUGGAAACAGACCUACCAGACAAAGGGGGCGUAAACCGGGGCGCAGGAAAACCAAGGGGGCUUGGAACCAGAAGACCCCAGGGGUGUUAGGACCAACGAGCGUGCAGGUUACCAAAGACCUUGAACCCAUUAAGAUCCCCAAGAAACGUGGGCCCAAGCCUGGACGUAAGUUGAGUUGGGUAAAGAAAGCCGACUGGCUGAAAGACGCCAUGGCAGGACCUGGGCGGCCAGCUGCAGGUCCAGGACGACCCCGUGGAAGAUUGCCGGACAACUGGGCCCAAAGGAUAGCCUUUCAGCAGCCCCAGGCCUCGCCUAUCAAGAUCCCCCAAAAAAGAGGGCCCAAACCUGGCAGUAAGAGAAAACCUCGCCUGGUACCUAAUCCAGUCCCCACGUCUCCAACCAGCAGCAUGCCAGAGCCUGACACCAGCACCAUCACCCUUGACAACGCCAGCAUCCCCAACUCUGCACUACAAACCCCCACAGUUUGUGUUUACCUAAACAAGUAUGGCAAAGUGGGACCCCAUCUGGACCAGCGGCGUGUCCAGAAGCUCCCAGACCACUUCGGCCCAGGUCGCGCGUCCUCCGUGCUUCAGCAGUGUGUCCAAGCUUGCAUGGACUCCGCUCAUAACCAGGCGACCGUCUUCUCCUGCCUCAAGCCGGGCCAGGGGGGAGAGGUGGUUUCAGCCGUCUUCAAUCAGCAGCACCACACGCUGACGCUGCCCACCGUCAGCAGCAUCACGUACGCCCUCCACUUCCUGGAAAAGCUCUGCCACAACCUCCACUGUGACCCCCUGUUUGGCAGUCAGCCUGUGGCCAGAGAAAGCCUGCACUUCGACGGAUGCACCUACACUACAGGCCAGUCACCACGUUUAAUUUUGUUCCUUCAAAGUAGGACUGGGCGAUAUGGCCUUUUUUCAAUAUCUCAACAUCGGGAAAUGAACAACAAAAUGACUGCUAUUAAUUCUCUGCUCUUAGACAGUGGAAGUUUGGGAGAUAACCUGAAGACGGGUUCUGAGCAAGGCACCAAGAGGCUCCUGCAGGACUCUAACACUAGUAUCCGAUCCUCAAAACUGGCCAAGAUUUCACGUCCAUCGACUGAUGGGGAAUGCCUGGAGAGCAAUGUCAUGGCGGCAGCAGAGCACUUAAAGAACAGACCCCUCUCUCCCAAACCUUUGACGCAGAAGUCUGCGGUGCGUCAUGUCAGCUCGUCAGGCUCUGGCAGUUUUCAGGAGAGCCCCAAGCCCAGCGGUCAGGACCCCAACCUUUGGAGCGUAGAGGAAGUCAUGCAGUACAUCCGGGACAUCGACCCCGUGCUGGCGCCGUACGCCGACCUGUUCAGGAAACACGAGAUUGACGGCAAAGCGCUGCUGUUGCUGCGCAGCGACGUGAUGAUGAAGUACAUGGGCCUGAAGCUGGGCCCCGCCCUCAAGCUCACCUUUCACAUCGACAAGCUCAAAAGAGCGUGAGGGGGGGUCGGAGGAGCAGUAUUUUGCCACGCGUUACGCCGACGCCACAUCUUCCUUGCAAUGUCAUCAGCCUCAUCUAAUGAGGGCCUUUUUAUUCAGCGUAGCAAGGCAGCAUGCUUUUUAUUCCCUUUAUGUCCCAACUUCACACCCGCAUUUCAACUGGAACAGACAUAUUUUUACAUUGCCCAUUUUUUUACUGUUACAUUUUGUACAUGUCACCUUUUUCUACUUGAAUUUCGCCUUCUUAAAUGAUGAAAUCACUACAUGAAUCCCAAUAAUUGGGAAUACUUUUUUACACGGGUGUCUUUUUGAGGCUCGCACAUCAUCAUCACAUUUGUAUGACAAAAUUAUCAUCUUGAGAAUAUUUCCAUGGAAAAGUAUUUCUUGUUAUUGAUGUCGAUUACGUCGUACGUUUUGUUGUUUGUACUUUUUUAAAUUGUUUUGAUACUAUAUUAUUAUAACGGUUCCUACCUAAAGAGGACUAUCAUGUGUAACAAUGUUCACGACAUAAAUAAUGGAGGAACUUUUAA